CUGGUGUUGGGGGCGGACUCGGUUUCCCGCUUCCGGUGUGGUGUCAUGGUGGCCGGUGGGCUUUGAUGGCUGAGAAGGCGGAGGAGGAGGAGGGGAGCUGAGAGCUCGGCGGCUGCACGGAGCCGAAGGGCAGGGGGCGCCGGACCCUUCUUGUCCCCUGGCCUGGCGGGCGGCGGGAGAUGGCGGCCCACAAGCCGGUGGAAUGGGUGCAGGCUGUGGUGAACCGCUUCGACGAGCAGCUUCCAAUCAAAACCAGCCAGCAGAAUACUCACACCAAAGUCAGCACGGAACAUAACAAGGAAUGUCUCAUCAACAUUUCCAAGUAUAAGUUCUCUCUGGUUAUCAGUGGCCUCACAAAUAUCUUAAAAAAUGUUAACAACAUGAGAAUAUUUAGUGAAGCUGCUGAAAAGAACUUAUAUCUUUCUCAGUUGAUUAUUUUGGAUACACUGGAAAAGUGUCUUGCUGGGCAACCCAAAGACACCAUGCGGCUGGAUGAGACAAUGUUGGUCAAGCAACUGUUGCCAGAGAUCUGCCAUUUCAUCCACACCUACCGUGAAGGGAAUCAACAUGCUACAGAGCUACGCAAUUCCGCCUCUGGGGUUCUCUUUUCUCUCAGCUGCAACAAUUUUAACGCGGUGUUCAGCCGUAUAUCUACCAGAGACGGUCUUUAAGUUCAAAACUCUCAAGAAAGCAGCACAACUGGCAGUUAUCAAUAGUCUUGAAAAGGCAUUUUGGAACUGGGUGGAAAACUAUCCGGAUGAAUUUACAAAGCUAUACCAGACACCACAGACAGAUCUAUCGGAUUGUGCAGAGAAGCUGUUUGACCUGGUCGAUGGAUUUGCUGAAAGCACGAAACGCAAAGCAGCUGUUUGGCCCUUGCAAAUAAUCCUCCUCGUCCUUUGUCCGGAGAUCAUCCAAGACAUUGCGAAGGAUGUAGUAGAGGAAAACAAAAUGAACAAGAAACAAUUCUUGGACAACCUCAGGAAGGCGCUGGCAGGCCACAGCGGAAGUAGGCAGCUAACUGAAAGUGCAGCCAUCGCUUGUGUAAAAUUGUGCAAAGCAUCAACAUACAUCAGUUGGGAAGACAAUUCAGUCAUUUUUCUUCUAGUGCAGUCCAUGGUAGUAGAUCUCAAGAACCUGCUCUUCAACCCUAGCAAGCCUUUCUCCAGAGGCAACCAGAAUGCAGAUAUAGACCUCAUGAUUGACUGCUUAGUGUCCUGCUUCCGAAUCAACCCCCACAAUAAUCAACACUUCAAGACUUGCCUGGCACAGAAUUCCCCAUCCACGUUUCAUUAUGUGCUGGUAAAUUCACUCCAUCGUAUAAUUACAAACUCUGCAUUAGAUUGGUGGCCCAAGAUCGAUGCUGUCUAUUGUCACUCUGUGGAACUCCGCAGCAUGUUCAGUGAAACUCUCCAUAAAGCUUUACAGGGCUCCGGUGUGCAUACACCAAUCCGUAUGACCCCGAGUCUUACAUUUAAAGAGAAAAUGACAAGCCUGAAGUUUAAAGAAAAACCUACAGAUGUUGAAACCAGAAGUUAUAAAGUUUUGUUGUUAUCUAUUGUAAAACUGAUCCACGCUGACCCAAAACUCUUACUCUAUAAUCCAAAGAAACAGGGGCCUGACACACAAGGCAGCACAGCUGAACUCAUAACAGGCCUCGUCCAGCUUGUUCCACAGGCCAGCAUGCCAGAAAUAGCACAAGAGGCCAUGGAGGCCUUGCUUGUGCUUCAUCAAUUAGACAGCAUUGACUUGUGGAACCCUGAUGCGCCCAUUGAAACAUUCUGGGAAAUCAGUUCACAAAUGCUAUUUUGUAUAUGCAAGAGGCUAACGAGCAAUCAGAUUGUCAGCAGCACAGAAAUCCUCAAGUGGUUGCGAGAGAUUUUGAUCUGCAGGAACAAAUUUCUUCUGAAAAACAAACAAUCAGAUAGAAGUUCCUGCCCUUUUCUCUUCCUUUAUGGGGUAGGAUGUGAUGUCUCUGGGGGUGGAGCUAAUCAAAUUUCUCUUGACCAUGAAGAGAUGAUGCGCUGCAUUCCGGGAGCUCCACUCAGGAAGGGCAAAGGGAGUUUCUGCAUGGAAAGCACCGUCGGUUGCAGUGGGACACCAAUAUGUCGCCAAGCCCAAACCAAGUUGGAGGUUGCCUUGUAUAUGUCUCUUUGGAGCCCCGACACUGAGGCAGUGCUUGUGGCAAUGUCCUGUUUCCGACAUCUCUGUGAGGAAGCAGAUAUCAGGUGUGGAGUCGAUGAGGUGUCCGUUCACAACUUCUUGCCCAACUAUAACACCUUUAUGGAGUUUGCUUCUGUGAGCAAUAUGAUGUCUACAGGAAGAACAGCUCUUCAGAAGAGAGUGAUGGCCCUGCUCAGGCGUAUCGAGCAUCCAACAGCAGGUAACACCGAGGCCUGGGAAGACACACAUUUUAAAUGGGAGGCGGCUACAAAAUUGAUCCUCAACUAUCCAAAGACUAAGAUGGAAGACGGCCAGGUUGCUGAAAGUCUGCACAAGACCAUAGUCAAGAGGCGGAUGUCCCAUGUCAGCGGUGGAGGUUCCAUUGAUCUGUCGGACACAGACUCUUUGCAGGAGUGGAUCAACAUGACCGGCUUUCUGUGCGCCCUGGGUGGAGUUUGCUUGCAGUAUCGCGGCAACACACCCUUCCCAUCCUAUAGUCCCCCCAUGGGCCCCGUGAGUGAGAGGAAAGGCUCCAUGAUCUCCAUGUUGUCGACUGACGGCAACACCGAGACUCCUGUGAGCAAGUUCAUGGAUCGCUUGUUGUCCCUGAUGGUCUGCACCCACGAGAAAGUGGGUCUGCAGAUACGGACUAACAUUAAGGACCUCAUAGGCCUGGAGCUGAGCCCCACCCUUUAUCCCACGCUUUUCAACAAAUUAAAGAACAUCAUCAGCAAGUUCUUCGACUCGCAAGGACAGGUCUUGUUAAAUGAUACCAAUACGCAGUUUGUGGAGCAGACUAUUGCGAUCAUGAAGAACCUGCUUGAUAACCACACUGAAGGCAGCUCGGAACACCUUGGGCAAGCCAGGAUUGAGACCAUGAUGCUGAAUCUAGUUAGGUACGUGCGUGUCCUCGGGAAUCUGGUGCAUGCAAUUCAGAUCAAAACCAAACUCUGCCAACUUGUGAAGGUAAUGAUGGAGAGGCGAGAUGAUCUGUCCUUCUGCCAAGAAAUGAAAUUCAGGAACAAGAUGGUGGAAUAUUUGACCGACUGGGUUAUGGGAACAUCCAACCAGGCUACAGAUGAGGAUGUGAAAUGUCUGACAAGAGACUUGGACCAGGCAAGCAUGGAAGCUGUUGUCUCUCUUCUGGCCGGGCUUCCACUUCAACCAGAAGAAGGAGAUGGAGUUGAAUUGAUGGAAGCUAAAUCCCAGUUAUUUCUCAAGUACUUCACCCUCUUUAUGAACCUCCUUAAUGACUGCAGUGAAGUGGAAGAUGAGAGUGCACAAACAGGCGGGCGGAAACGUGGGAUGUCUCGAAGGCUGGCUUCCUUGCGGCACUGCACCGUUCUGGCUAUGUCAAACUUGCUCAACGCAAACGUGGAUAGCGGCCUUAUGCACUCUAUAGGGUUAGGAUAUCACAAGGAUCUCCAGACGAGAGCUACAUUCAUGGAGGUCCUCACCAAAAUUCUGCAACAGGGCACUGAGUUCGACACCCUGGCGGAAACUGUGCUGGCGGAUCGGUUUGAGAGAUUGGUGGAGUUGGUCACCAUGAUGGGUGACCAAGGAGAAUUGCCCAUUGCUAUGGCCUUGGCUAACGUGGUGCCUUGUUCUCAGUGGGAUGAACUAGCCCGUGUUCUUGUCACCCUUUUUGACUCGAGGCACUUGCUUUACCAGCUGCUCUGGAACAUGUUUUCUAAAGAAGUGGAGCUGGCCGAUUCCAUGCAGACGCUCUUCAGGGGAAACAGCCUGGCUAGCAAAAUAAUGACUUUCUGCUUUAAGGUGUAUGGUGCAACCUAUCUACAGAAGCUUUUGGAGCCUUUAUUAAGAACUGUAAUCACAUCUCCAGAAUGGCAGCCUGUGAGCUUCGAAGUCGACCCUACAAGGUUGGAAUCCAGUGAAAGCCUCGAGAGUAACCAGCGGAUCCUCCUUCAGAUGACCGAGAAGUUCUUCCAUGCCAUCAUCAACUCUUCCACCGAGUUCCCACCGCAGCUGCGGAGCGUUUGCCAUUGUCUCUAUCAGGUAUGAAACAGUCCGCCAACUGUUGUUAGGUUGGAAAAUGGGGAAAGACCAAGCA